UCUGCACCCCCCCCCCCCAAACCUGCCCGUCCCGCCGGAGCCCUCCCGUUGCCGAGGGGGGGGGGGGGCGGGCAGGGGAGGUGCGGCCGGGCCGGGUUGGGGGGUCGUCCCUCCCCCCCCCCCCCCCAUCCCCAGGUGCCGCCCGGGGAAGCGCGGCGGGGCGGAGGCGCCGCUGGGUCCCGGCUCCCGCCGAGGGGGCGGCGGAUCGGGCAGAUGCGGUAAAGCGGGGAGGACGAUUCAGAUGUAAAACUGCAAAUUGACUAUGCAUUGAGGAAGAAACUGCUGCAUGUACUGACUUUCAAUUUCACAUCCUUACAUCUGAUUUGAAGUGACGGUGAGAGGAAGCAUAAGGUAUCUCUCAUUCCAUUCGGACUCCUCGUUUACAGAAGAGUGAUGGAGAAGCUAUUAAGCACAAAAGGGAUCACCAUAUGCCUGUUUUUCUUUGUAUUGAGUUUGGCAGCAGCUAUUGAAAUACCAUUAUCCGUUGCGCAGCUUCCAACAAUCACGGAGCAAUCUCACACCCAGGUUGCCUACCCUUUUGAUGAGGACUUUACAAUUAAAUGUGAAGCUAGAGGAAACCCGCAGCCCACCUUUAACUGGACCAAGGAUGGAAAACCGUUCGAUUUAUUAUCUGACCCGAGGAUAGUUGCAUCUAACAACUCUGGAACAUUUGUGAUUCAAAACCGUGGAAUCAUCACCAGUUUUCAAGGGAAAUAUCGUUGCUUUGCAUCCAAUCUGCUGGGAACUGCCAUGUCAGAAGAAAUUGAGCUAAUUGUUCCAAGUGUACCAAAAUUCCCAAAAGAAAAAAUUGAGCCCCUUGAUGUGGAGCAUGGUGAUUCUGUGAUUUUGCACUGCAACCCCCCAAAAGGCAUCCCACCUUUGCACAUCUAUUGGAUGAAUAUUGAUUUGCAACAUAUUCCGCAAGAUGAAAGGGUCUCCAUGAGCCUUAAGGGAGAUCUCUAUUUUGCAAAUGUGGAAGAAAAUGACAGUCGAAGUGAUUAUUGCUGCUUUGCCGCAUUUCCAAGAUUGAGAACAAUUGUACAGAAAAUGCCAAUGACGCUGAAGGUUUCCCGCUUUAAGCAUGCUAAUGACUCAGGCUCACCUAACGCUGCGGUUACUAAGGCAAAUUUUAUCAAGGAAAGAAAACCCAAACUGCUGAUCCCUCCUGAAUCUGCGGGCAGUAGCUCAUCAGUCACUGUCAUCAAGGGAGGUGUCCUGCUACUUGAAUGUAUUGCUGAAGGGCUCCCAACUCCUCAUCUAAGCUGGGUCAAGGUUACUGGAAACUUGCCCAAGGACGAACCAGAAACAGAAAAUUUUGGGAAGAUAUUGAAGAUAGAUCAAGUGACUACAGCCGAUGAAGGAACAUACCAGUGCACGGCAAGCAACCACAUGGGGAGAGCGAAGCACGAGUUCCAUGUUCACGUGGAAGAGCCUCCUCAGUGGAUAAAGGAGCCCGAAGGUGGUGUUUACAGUGUAGGAACAAAUCUUGUGCUGCUGUGUGAAGCUAUUGGCAAUCCAGAGCCAACCAUUCAGUGGAAACUCAACGGGAUGCCCAUCGAUAGUAGGACUUUCAGAGGGAGAAUCUCUGCCAGGGAGAUCAGCCUGACGAACCUUCAGCUUCAGGACAGUGCUGUGUACCAGUGCGAGGCCACCAACAAGCACGGCACCAUCCUCGCUAGUGCCAACGUGAACGUCCUCAAUAUUGCUCCCCUAAUACUGACCUCAGAUGGUGAAAACUAUGCUACAGUUGUGGGUUACAGUGCCUUCCUUCACUGUGAAAUUUUUGCCUCACCUGCAGCAGAUAUUAGAUGGACUAAGGAUGACAGCAUAGAGCCACUUUCAACAUUACGCUAUGAGUUAAAUAAGAAUGGCACCCUAGAGAUCAAAGAAACGAAGAAAGAAGACUCAGGAUCAUAUGCUUGCUGGGCUGCAAACUCGGUUGGAAAGAGAGCAAUCACUGCUAAUCUGGAUAUAAGAGAUGCUACAAAACUUGCUGUUACUCCAAAGAACCCCCGAGUGUUGAAAUCACAUUCAAUUUUAUUGAAAUGUCAGUCUGAGUAUGAUUCACACUUGAAACACAGUUUUAAAUUAUCCUGGAGGAAAGAUGGAGAUCAGCUGCCAAUCAACAGCACAGAAGGUGGCAGGAUAAUUCUGGACAGGGAUACACUGUUCAUAUCAAGUGUGACAUUGGAGGAUCAAGGAGUUUACACAUGUGUGGCUAGAACUUCCCUGGACAGUGUCACAGCCGAAUCACAGUUAAUUGUUCUUGAUGUUCCUGAUCCUCCAGAAGACCUUCAGCUCUCUGAAAAUCAAAACCGAAGUGUUCGACUCUCCUGGAAAGCUGGGGCCAGUCAUAACAGCCCUGUUAAUGAGUCGAUUAUAGAGUUUGAAGAGAACCGGUGGGAGCCGGGGAGGUGGCAGGAGCUAACCCGAGCCCCAGGGAAUGACACCACAGCCCUUUUGUCACUGGCCCCAUAUAUGAAUUACCAGUUUCGUGUCAUAUCUGUGAACGCUGUGGGAAGGAGCCAGCCCAGUAAACCAUCUCUGCGCUAUGCAACGCCUCCGGCUGCUCCAGACAAGAACCCAGAAAAUAUCCGAGUUGAAGCUUCCGAACCAAAUGAAAUGGUGAUGAAAUGGGAGCCACUGAAACCCACGGAGAGGAGUGGGCCGGGGCUGGAGUACAAAGUGAGCUGGCGGCAGCGGGGAGUCGAAGUGGACUGGAACGAGGAGACGGUGAAGAAGCAUUCUCUGACCCUACGAAACACCCCCACCUUCGUGCCUUAUGAGAUCAAGGUCCAAGCAGUAAAUAAUUUAGGAUCCGGUCCUGAACCAAACGUUACCAUUGGAUAUUCGGGAGAGGACGUUCCAGAUGCUGCUCCUUCCAGCGUAUCAGUGGAUAUUGUGAACAGCACACUGGUCAAAGUCUUCUGGUUUGGAAUACCGAGGGACAGAGUUCGUGGACAUUUAAGAGGCUAUAAGGUCAGUUGGUGGAAAACAAAAAGCAUGCUGGAUGGAAAAAGGCAUCACCCAGAGAAACACUUCCUAACGUUUGUAGGAGACAGAAACUAUGGGAUGAUACCUGGUUUAGAGCCCUUCAGUGAAUUCCGCUUAACUGUUUUGGCGUACAACGCCAGAGGAGAUGGCCCAGAAAGCUCCCCCGUUGUGUUUGAAACUCCAGAAGGAGUCCCCGAACAACCACGUUUUCUGAGGAUCCUGAACUUUGACAAGGACUCCGUCACACUGUUGUGGGGACUUCCUAAGAAAGCAAACGGCCACCUUACUGGCUACAUUUUGCAAUACCAGAUAAUAAAUGAAACGCACGAAAUCGGACCUCUGAACGACGUCAGCGUGACCAACCGCUCCACGCUCAGCUGGAGGCUUUCGGGUCUCAGCUCCAGUACCAAGUACAAAUUCUAUGUAAAGGCUUGUACAGUCAAAGGCUGUGGGAAGCCGGUCACAGAAGAAGGACUAACGAUGGCUCAAGGGAGUAAAGGGAUCGGCAAGAUCUCAGAAGCAGUAAAACCCACCCAAAAGUUUCACCCCAUUGAGGCACUUGAGCCUGGAACUGAAUAUACAGUUCGUCUAGUGACUAAGAAUUGGGUUGAUAACAAUAGCAUUUUUGAAGAUGUAAUUGAGACAAGGGGGAGAGCCUAUGCUGGCAUUUACGAUGGAAUUUCCACCCAGGGGUGGUUUAUUGGACUGAUGUGUGCCAUCGCUUUGCUCACCCUGCUGCUGCUAACUAUUUGCUUUGUCAGAAGAAAUAAAGGAGGAAAAUAUUCAGUGAAAGAAAAAGAAGAUUUGCAUCCAGAUCCCGAAGCUCAAUCAAUAAAAGAUGAAAUCUUUGGGGAAUAUAGUGACAGCGAUGAAAAGCCGCUGAAAGGCAGCCUCCAGUCAAUUAACGGGGACAUUAAAGCCACUGAAAGUGCUGAUAGUCUGGUAGAUUAUGGAGAAGGGGAGCAUGGGAUGUUCAAUGAAGAUGGUUCGUUUAUUGGAGCUUAUUCUGGAUCUAAGGAAAAAGGAUCAGUGGAAAGCACUGGGAGUUCUACGGCAACUUUUCCUCUCCACGCCUAAAAUAUAAGCAAGAAUGAUUUGUGUUUAAUUGUGAUAUUUAUCUUGAUUAGUACUCCACAGUUACCACAUGUGAUUGGAAGCAGGUUGCCAAUUGAGCCAGUCAGGAACCUGACAUCCAGGUAAUAUAAAAAUAAGUCACUGCCACUAAAAGAUGUUUUUUCCAUCCUAAUUUCUAGGUGUUUUCUUCUAAUUAAAACAAAACAAAUAAUUCUUUAAUCUACAAAAUGACUUACUCAGUCUUACCAAAACAGAAUUACUUAGUGUUACAUCUGUAUACUUAACUGCUACUCCAUGUGUUUCUUAGGUUUGGAAUAUGUUUCUCUGUAUAGUAUUUUUUUUUACUGUAUGGCUGUUGUCACUUUGUACAUAAAUUUAUAUGUAUUAUUCCCUCAUGUACCGUGGCCUUGGCAUUGUAGAGGUUAUAACACAACAAGAAAAUCAAACAAAACCAACAGAUUACUCUACAAAGUGACACAAUGCAUCCUACUGAGAAAAAUGAUAAUUUAAAAUACUGGAGAAAUAUAUUCUAUAUAUUGUAUAAUUUUUCAUAAAGAAAUAAACUCCUUUGCUUAUGAUACUCUAAAAUGAUUUUAGUGGUUACAGCUGACUGCAAUUACCAAUACUUAGAGAUGCAACUUCAUCCACAGAAAAUUUGCUCUUAGAAGACAAAGCUCUGGCCUUGUGGAUGAAUCUUCUGUCCAGUAGCUGGCACUAUUUCCUUAAAUAAGUUAAGCUGCAGUAUCUUUCCUGUGGCAAGGCAAAACAGGGUUCCCAUCCACCAUCAUUAGAAAGUAUUUUAAUUUGUUUUCCAGAGUCUCUGCAAGCUGCAUUUCUAAGCAAAAUGCUUGUUGUCUGUCUCCUAUCUGUAUAUUUGUGCGCUAGCAUACAUUUCAUGAAGAAGUUGUACAUAUGAUAUUAAUAUUGACACAAGUAAAAAUCAGCCUUGUUUUAUUUUGAAAUGAGACAUGUUGCUAGCAUGGAUCUAUAUAGACGUGUAGGAAUGAAUAGAAUUGCUUCUCAGUAUGAGUUUGGACCAGCAAAACUAGUUUUCAGAAGGAGUUGUGUGUAUACCAGUCAUAUAAAUCUCAUAUCUUUCUAGUAUCACAUAAAAUAGACCUACCUGACUUUCAAGAGAUCAUUAUUUUCAAGCUAUUCAUUGUUAAAUAAACAAAAGCAAAAGCAAAGAGAAAAAUAUUACAGUAUAGUUUCUUUUAUAUUUUGUUUACUGAAUGCUGGUUUAAACAUGGUUCUUUUCUUUGCCUCCCCACCACUAACUCAGCAAAGCUGUACAGCACAUUUUUUUGGUCUUUUUGUAUUGGAAUCUCCUGAAUUUCUUUAAAAGCACUUGUAUUUUUGAAUAUGCUUAUUUGAGUAGAGUAUCAAUAUGGCUUCGUUUCUUCUUGCACUUACAAAUUACUGUCACUUCAAUUAUCUUUUAAAUAGUUACUGCAGGAGGAAUAGAUCCUAAAAGCCAAUUUGCAUCGUGAUAGUAAUUAGGCAAAUAUCCCCAACGGCUCCUUCAUGGUCUCCAUUACUUCAAUGGAAGAAAGAGAGGAAGCAAGAAUUACUCACAUGGUUACGAGUUUCCAGUAACGGCUACAAUUAAGACCCGUUAGUUGCCCACAGAAAUGCAGGUUGUUACCAGUAGAAAGGCCAUGGUUCGUACACAGCCCACCUUAUGCUUGGGCUCCUCCCCAGCCCUCAUAGAUUUCUGAAAGCAGUAAGUGGCCUUUGGUGCUUGAUGCUUCUGCUUCUCUGUUCCUCUUUUUUUCUUUUUUCUUUUUUUUUUUUUUUUUUUUUUUAAGUUUAGCUUGUAAGGACCUUUCAUAUAGCCUCUACUUGGGAAAAGCAAACCCCAAACAGGCAGCCCCCCAAGCCCCCAGUGAUGUCAUGAGUAUGAAUAUAAAAGGAUGAGUGGAAAUCUGCCCUGAGUCAAAAAUCACCCCCAUCCAUGUAAGUGACCCUAGUCACUCGCUUUUUCUUAUUUAUAAAGUUUUAUUUUCCGUAUUUCUCUCAAUCCAAAUGCUGAAAAAGUCCAAAGUAAUUUUAAUUUUUGAAAAAAAAAAAAAAAAAUCUUCAUUUUAAAAAGAAGGGAGUACACAGUUGGAGAAAUGUGAAAAUUGGCACCUUGUCAACAGAGACAUUUCCCACCAGGGUCUUUAUCUGGUGACUCUUGUCUGCUGCAGCCCAAGCCGGAUCAAGUCUAAGAACUGACCAGGCUUAUGACAACCUUCGUUGCAAGCUCCAGGCUGUUUUUAACGUAUUUCCUUUAGGAGUCGUCCGCACUAGCGUAUGAGCGAGGCUCUUUGCAAUAGGAACAGAAUUGGGGUGGAGUCCCCCAAAGCCUCACUAACCUCCCUGUGCAGGGGGGCUGGGGAGGGGCUGCGCCCGAGCCCGGCAGAGCCCCCCAGCCCCAAACCAGGGGGCAGGGGCUGAGCCCGGGUGCGACCCAUCCGCCGUCCCAGCCAUCCAUUUGCUCGUACUUUGAGUCGCUGCAGAUCAGCUACACUCCUUGUCCCAGAAAAUGCCUAUGUUAAACAGACGCAAAUUUCAAAUCGUAUUAGCGAGUGUCAAAUUAUCGAAUAAUGAAUAUAAAUCCCCUGUGCUAUCACUUGCUCUGUUGCUGCUAAGAGAUGUUUAUGACAUUCCUGUGAUGUGCUACUCAUCUGUGCCGGUAUGAGUGCUUUUUCUAUUAAAAUUUUAAUUCAGAUUCUUAAAUCUUAAUGUUGGUGUUUCAUGAUGCCUCAGGGCCUAAAAAUCAUACAGUGACAAAAAGAUGUACAAUGGAAUUUGUACAGUGCACACUGACUUUUGAGGAAUAUGCCCAAUGAAUAUUAAACAAAUGGCUAAAACUCAAGGGAAUCUUACUCUUCUGAGCUUUUUCCUCUCUCCCAAUCAUUUUUCCAUUUUUUUUUUUUUUCCCCCACUAGGGUUUUAUUUUUUAUUGUAAGAGUACCACUCAUACAGUGUACCUUGGAAAGUACAGUGCACUAAUGGUUUUUUAGAGAUUUGCUUUCAAAAGUAAACCAAGAGCAAGGUUAGAUUUUCCUGAGCAGUUUUUUGUCAUUGCCAGGAGAUGGGCUGCAAUUUUUUCUAGGGCAGGUGAGAGGAAGUGUGGCCAUGUAGGCGGAAUAAAAAGUAUCACCAACUGUACUGCAGUUCUGAAAUAAUACAUUAAAUCCAAUAAGUUUUUAUUAAUAUUAUUUCUUUGUACUCUGGUCAGGAGUGCUUAUUAAAAUUGCUUGAUGGAAAUCUGUGGUGAUUUAAUGAAUUAAUACCUAGUAGGGAAGUUCAGACUGGCUGCUGGGUGGGGGGAGCCGUGUGAGCACGCAGACCGUGCUGGGUAGGGAAUUAUUAAUUACCCACUACCAUGGCUGUUAGCUUGGCUACGUUUUGUUAAGAUACACCAUUACAUUUUUCUGGCACUACAGGUGUGAGAGGGGAACUGACACUUUCAGAUUUGGUAUCUUGGUCAAUGCGGGAUGCGAUUUCAUCCAGCAAGAAGGAGGCAUUUCCCUGGCCCCAGGGAUCCUGGCUUGCAGAUUUAAGCAGCCUCCUCUGCAACAAGAGAGGGAUGGCUGUUUCUCAAAAAGUUGUGCUGUUUUUGCAGUGCAUAAGAUUAAGCAAAUAAAAUCAGCUCUUCCUAACUAACAGGAAAAAACCCCUGUGUGCUAGCUCACAUGCAAGUGAGCCGUUUGCGUUCACAGAGCAGUGUACUGUUGAUUUGAUAUGGAUUGUAAUCUCAAACCUAAGUUUUUAUUAAAAAAAAAAAAAAAGUAAUCACACAAUCAAGAACUUCUAGCAGUGGUGGUCCCAGUUUUAUUCUCUGGCAAAAUCUGGGGACCCAGUCUCAAGAAAUCUUUGCUUGCUCUUCAGCUGGGGCUGGAUCUUUAGGAAGAGCAGAAUUAGGAACCAAAUCAGAAAAUGACUUUCCCCUCUGGAUAAAAAAUGUGCGUGUAUGUAUAAUGAAUUAAAAAACCUUCUUUGUAACUCAAGUAUUAAAUGGAUCUAAUUAGCAUAUUAUUUAAUGAUUUAUGAUAUUUGUUCUGUUGUGUUCUUUUUAUACAAAUUUUAAUGAGUAGCUCUUUUUCUGAUAACUACUUCCAUUGACUGAAUGGGUCAGAUCCAAUGCAUGAGAUGUUUUAAUGAAAGUUUUCAGGCCGAUACUAUUUUUUGAGAUGACAACAAAUACUAGCACAGACUUUCUAUAUAAAAAGGUAGGGAUUUUUAACAGUAAUUCCACAUGCAGUUUUGUAAACUAAAGCUAGAAUAACAGUCACUGAUCCUUACACGCUUCUGAAAGGAAAUGUCAUUAUAAUAUUUCUAGUCAUUAUUUUGCAGAUGAGUGGUAUAUCUAGAUUAUUUUAUGUACCUGUAAGAAUGGAUACAAAGAAAGGAAAUUCUUCAUGGCAAGAGAAUUUCCUUUGUUUGACAAUGGAUCAAGCCCUCAGCUGCAUCUUUGUUAAUGUUUAGUAUUUCAAAAUAAGGCAUAUAAACUGUGUUGGAUUACCAGUACAUGUUUACAUUGCAGCUCCGUAUCUUUCCUGUAAAAAUCUCAAGUGUUCUGCACUGAUUUGUUCAGUUUUCAGGCAGGAAUCAGCAGGUGGGUUUGAGCCAAAGCAUACUGUCUGUUUCAUUUUUUAUUAUUAUUAUUACUUUAAACAAGAUACUUUGUAAUUUCAUGAGAAAAGAUCAAAGCAAAUGUGGUGUCACCAUUACAAUGUUACUUUUUGAGCUAAAUGUUAGUGUGCAUUUAUUAAAGUUUAGAGAAAUGUGUUGUACCGUAGUUGCUGUUUGUAUCAUGCACAUGUGCACGUAUGGUUUUAAAAGAUAUUUUCAUUUUACAUGAAAUACAACUUUGCUAAUAAAAGUUUGACUUGAUGUAAUCUUCA